GCAUACAGGUCUAGAAUCUAGUGAAAGAAGCUUGUGUUAUACCAGACCUAAAUCAUUACCAGCGAUUGAUAUUAUAUUUUUUUAUCGCAAUCACUUAACGUAAGAUACAAAAUGCAAUCUUGAUACAUUUUAUUUGGUUGCAUUUAAGCUGUGAUUUCAAUCUCAGUUGUUUCCUUGAGUUUCCAGAGUGUGGUGUGAAAAUGUGGUAUCCGAAGUUUAUAGCGAUAUUUGUGUUAUUAAUAGGAUGCAGCACCAUCCAUGCCAACAUCGCUGCAUUCGACAUCCAGCUGAAGGACCUUCUAAGUAUGCAAAGAGGACUUGGCUGGCCGAGCGUGAUGCAGGUGGCUACGGGUCAAGAGGCCUUGAUGAAGAUCACCUCGACGCCUGAUCACCAGGAAACCUGUCAGGUCACCACUCCUACUGGGAAGGUGUUUGAUGUGUCCUCCCCUCCUAGCGAUAGGUGAGUUAGCAUUAUGGGCCUUUUAAGUAUGCAGAGAGGACUCGGCUGGCCGAGCGUGAUGCAGGUGGCUAAGGGCCAAGAGGCCUUGAUGAAGAUCACCUCGACGCCUGAUCACCAGGAAACCUGUCAGGUCACCACUCCUACUGGGAAGGUGUUUGAUGUGUCCUCCCCUCCUAGCGAUAGGUGAGUUAGUAUUAUGGGCCUUUUAAGUAUGCAAAGAGGGCUCGGCUGGCCGAGCGUGAUGCAGGUGGCUAAGGGCCAAGAGGCCUUGAUGAAGAUCACCUCGACGCCUGAUCACCAGGAAACCUGUCAGGUCACCACUCCUACUGGGAAGGUGUUUGAUGUGUCCUCCCCUCCUAGCGAUAGAUUCGAAAAAUGGGGUGACGGUUGCGGAGUCAGGGUCCGAAGGAUUGAAGAAGGAGACGAGGGUCGCUGGAGACUGAAUGCUACGGGCGGUGGCGAGUCCAUGACGGGAUGGAUUGAGGUCUAUGUUGAAGAAUACACGUCAUCAUAUGCAGCCCCGCCCAUUUAUCUACAGGAUGGCGACACUAACCAGGACAUCGAGUUGACUAGUCUCGACAACUCAUACUGUCUAGUUGCCCAGCCUUUCUCUGAGAGUUCCUUGAUACCAGGGCAUUGUCGAGUCACUUUGGAUAAGGCGACUAGAGCAGUUCAGGGAGAUUGGAGCGUUCUCAUUGGUCUACCGGGAAAAAUUGCUGAACUGCACAUGGAUAGGAGAGUGGCAGUAGAAGCUGAACGUCUUAACGUGGGUUUCAUUCACGACUCCAAUACGAACAAGAUCCAUCUCUUCUGCAACAUCCUACAUACAAGCAAGAACAUCACGUUCUGCCGUUUCCAGAAGACUAGCAACUCUCUGGGAUAUAACGUUAUGGAGGGCUUGAGUGAUGGUGUGCACAGUUACUACGGCGAUGGCUUCGUUGCCAAACAUUGCGGUAUGACCAUAGAGUCGCCGACUGCCAGCGACUACGGCACGUGGCGAUGCUCAGUGGGCUCCCAGCAGUGGGUGGGCAACGCGCUAGUCAGGCAGACUCCCAUGCAAGCGCUUAUUAACGUCGUGGCCACUCAUUAUACUGCUCCAAGGGCAUUAGAAGAAGAGAAAGCAGACGCGGAAAUAAGGACAGUAUUCGUUCAAGAAGACAGGAGCUUCACGGUGACGUGUCGCGCUGAGCAGUCGCUGUCUUACUGCUGGUUCUUACACUCCAAUGGAACUCAGUUCUCAGCGGUGCCGCUGCUUGACGAAAAUCAACCUUUUUGGUACACAGGUGAAAGCCUUCAAACCGGUGACUGUGGGAUCACCUUUUCCCACGCCUCCGAAAGUGAUUCUGGGGACUGGGUGUGCCAUAUGGGCGUGACAGACCAACGAGGAAUCGAACUUACGGACCGAGUUAACGUUCGCGUCACUGGUCCACUGGCCGCUAAUAAGAAAGAGAUAGGUGUACAAGUAGGAUAUAAUGCUACAUUGUACUGCCAUACGUCGAAUGGCAACCGGCCUUUGGACUACUGCCGGUUCUUAAGUCCGAACUAUGUGGGGAUUAGCAUCGAUUCUACUGUGACUUCGGAUGCGGCGAUACUGGGUCGAUACUACUUCACACCCGGUCGCAGCUUGGACUACGGGGAUUGUUCGCUGACCAUCUCGAGUGUCGAACCUGAAGACAUCGGCGCUUGGACGUGUGCGGCGCUAAUCAAUACUGAUACCUUGGAGUCGAAGGACGAUAUGAUGCUUUUCGUGGAUGAGACGAUUCAGACCCGUAGGACGCUGUCACAAGCUGGCAUCGUAGGUAUGGCCGUUGGAGCUCUAGCAUUAGUAGCGCUACUACCUGGCGUGAUAUGGUACAAGAAGGGAAUGCCUUGGAGAAGGAACCGUGGGUCUUCAAGCACUGGCAACGUGCCCUUCGACUUCAUGUCAAUGAGUUCUCCUUCAGUGCCCAGGAGUAGUAAUUCCACCUCAAGUACCCAAGGCAAUAGUGUUAACGAGGAAGUAACAAGCGGGGAUGUGGGUGUAUCGAGUAACCUUGAUGUUAGGACUGAGACGAUACCCUGAAUUGAUCCGUUUGAUGAGACCGGUCAGAGAAAUAUACGGAAACUUUAUGAAAUAAAGCGUGUUGUACAAGAUA